GCCACGGUGUAUAAAACUUCUAAAGAGGAUGAUCUGGCACGGUAAGCAUGAUAAAAUUCGAAAUAUCACAACUGUUUCCCUGAUGCCAGAAACAGAUAUGUUUAUUAACCCGUGAACAGUGAUCAGCUCCAUUAAAUAGAACUUAGAUUUCAAAGAACUCAUAGUCUGUUAUUUCUCAAGAGCAAAGUUUGAGGCUUGAAGUUCGAUCACUUUUAAAGGCGCUUUAUUAAAUAUUUUCGAGGUCAAACACGAAAUGGUGAUUUUUGAGACGUAAGUUGUGAUUUGCGUUGUCAUUGGGAAGUCACUUUCCUCGGGAGUACCGUGGCUUGCGAUUUCUACUGGCUAAGUGUGUAAAAUGUGAGUGGUUCCUAAACAUUUUCCGAAAGUCCAUAAAUCAAUCAUCGCACCAAUUUUGGGAAAAUAUAGUCUUACGUCGUUGGUAUUUCUGGGAGCUUGACGCUCUCUUUAUGUCUUCCAAGACUAGAUUCUUCGUUAUUAUCUUUUACCAUUACUACAGAAAAUUCCUCAUGGCUGAAAUAGUGACAACUUUAAGUUAACGUAAGGUAUCAUAGUUUUCACCCGAACGUUUCCCAGUACCUGUCUAUAUUUAUACCAUAGUUUUUUCGAAGGGCCAUUUAACUUCUAGUGACCUCCUUGCAUAGGAGUUAUUGAUCAGUGACUUGGACCUAGUAACCUGGGUUUUUAGGUCUUAACAAAGUUUUUAGUCAAAAUCAUGGGGCCAAAUUAUCUGUUGAUUAGACUUUGGCGAGCUCUUUAUUACCGAAUCAAACAAAUGAGUUUCAGAGAUAAUUUAUGGAUAUCCUUUUCGACAAGACUAAUUUGUGGACGAGCCAAUCAGAUCUAUUUUAACAGGUUUUGAAUCUUGGCGCAAUAUUAAUUCAUGCAUUAGGCUAAAUAGAGUUUUGGUAUCAUAGCUGAUGUCAGUUCGUGUUGAAAAACUUAAAUCCAAUUCGUGACCCUAACGAUCGACCGUAGACAUUAAUCUUAAUCCCUCGCACUGGUUUAUAAACCUGAUUUGACCGUAGUAUGUACGUGGAUAUUCUCAAGGUCUCUUUAGCGUCACUCAAAGGUCGUCCAUAAAUUAUCGUCUCACCCUCGUUUCAUUUGGUAGGUCGAAUUAAUAUGUUAUACGGCAGGUAAAUUUGCUCAACAUACGCUCGUAACACGUAGGUCAAAACCUUAAUCAUAUGUGGUCCACAUUAUAUUUACAUGACCGUGCCACCUAUCAGUAUAGUCACGUAAGAUAGUUUGAAUAUUGUAUUUCCUGAUGAUCGUCAAGCAAGCAUUGAUUUUCCAAGUGGUAUUCGUUGUGGCUCUAUCUGCUAGUAAAUUCAGAUUACUUUUAAACGCAAACUCAUACUAUGUAUCAUUUUAUUUAUUUAAACACAGACAUUUGUACAAGGAGGCACCAAAUAGAUAUGCGCCACACAAUAACAAUGAGGCCAGUAGCAGUUAUCACAGAUUUGUGUGAGGGCUGUGAUACCACCCGGGUGCCCAGACUGAAGCAGGUGGUUUUCCUAGGGGGGCAUACCCCGAGCUUUCGACCUAAAGGUCUAAUCCACAAGGCAGUAGAGCAACGUAGGGAGAUGCAGUUUUAUGGUAGCCGGUCACCAACAAUAGGUUCAUACACCUUUUGUUCCAUCAGGAUACUGGAGCCCAUGUGCACCAUUGGAAUCAGGGUUUUCCAACUCCUCUAGGUGGACUCUCCGUAUCCACCAACCCAGUUAAAGCAUCUGACAUUCGCUUUUCGUCCUCUCAAUUUCAUAAGCAACAGUAAUUCUGCGAGAAUGCAGUGAGUAGAACUUCCCUGGCAGUUGUCGUAUGCACAUGGCCAUGUGAGAGGAUUUCGAGAUGGAGAGCUGACUCUCUCCACUCUCGUCCGUACUAGGGCAUUUGGGGGCAUAUACGAUGUACCAGGCCCCAGUACAAUCACCUUAAAAUUCUAGAAAACGUCUUAGCAAUCAAAACUGCUAUAGCGUUAAGUAUGAAGGCUAAAUGGAUACUUGUUGACUGUAUUCCUAUCGACAGUCGAUUAUAUGAUGUCCGUUUCAGUGGUAUAGUAAAAACUCGGAAACAUAGGGAUAUAUUUCAUUGGCUACUCAUCGGUUUUGCUUAUGUUUGCAUCAACUACAGCUUGGGCAAAGUAAAACGUUUGUUAGCUAGAAGCUUCAUGAUCUUCAAAAAGCCAGAUGUUCAGAUGUAGUAGUUUUGGCCGGCGGUUUUAACGCUGAAGUCAGUAAGCUAAGUCAAACUGAGAAACACUUAGUAGGUUCUUAUGGCAUCUCAGCCCAACGAACAGAUAACUGUGUUUGCCCGUCUCAAUUUUACUCAAAGUCGUUUAUCCAUUGGAAUUACAGACCUUGGACAUAGAGUAAAACACUGUUUAACCUGAAGAACCCACACAUAGGCAUAACAGUGGGUAGAAAUAGGUAAUUUCAUCACGGCCAUCGUUGAAGAGGCUCUAUAGAAGACUUCCAUUUCUAAAGUACAUGCUUGGGCUGUAAUCAUACCAUAGUAACAGUACGCGUUUCUGUGCGUCUUAAUGGACAUGAGAAAGUUACAGCAGGAAGACUCGUUAGAUAUCACUUUGGAAAUGAAAAGCUCAAAGACAUAUUUAGGGGAAAAUUAGCCAAGCACAUAGUCGAUCGUAGAGAAACGGUUUAUUUUGAAGAAGCCUGGAGAGAUACGGAAUAAGCUGUAAAUCCAAUUGUAAUAUCAAUCAGUAGCUAAAAUUAAAUGGUUAGGAAAAAUCGGUGGAUUUUGGUAGCUUCCACUGAAUUUAUAGAGGCUUGCAAAUCCCAACAGGCUUAGAGAACGAUGAAGGACAACGACAAUUCCAACUCAAACUAAUAAAAUGUUUACCCGAUGAUCGUGAGCAGUAAUGGGUAACUAAAGUGAGAGAAAUGAAAAGGGAGCAUCGAUAGAUAACACUGAACAACUCUGUCAACUGAUCAAGCAGGUAGAUGUUAAUGAAACCGUCUUGGGGUAAAACGGAAUCAUUAUUCACUUCCAAUUUAGUAGAUAGGUGUACAGAAAUAUUUAGAGAAUAAUUCAGUUGGCUUCCAGUUACAAUUCAGUUACCUUCUAUUCCUAAUCAAUCUGAAUGGCAAAUUGACACAUUUUUAACUGUUAAUGAGUUGAUAAUCUUAAACGAGGGAAAUCACAAAGUCCCAAUAGGCUAACUUCGGAGAUGUUCAAGGAUGAUGGUCAAGUUCUAGUGGUGAAAUUGUCUGAAGUGUCCGCUUAAGUAUGGAAACUUGACAUAGUCUCGUCUGAUUGGUCUCGAUCGGUGAUCGCUUCAGUCCAUAAGAGAGGACCAAAUUCCUUUCGGUAUAACCAUUUUGAAUGAUAAAACUUCUAAAAUAUUGUCUUAUUAAUUAUCAUGGAGAACUAACCGGGGAAAACCAGGCUUCUGUAAGGUUUGGACGUAGAUCUAUGGACCGAAUAUUCACUUUUCAUCAGGUAUAAAACAUAACCAUACUGACGCCCAAUUAUUAUGGUAUUUAUUCACCCUAAGAUAGCAUUUGAGUCUGUUGAACAAGAGGUCCUGUGGCGAUGUUUUCCGUAGGAAGACGUACCAAAGAAGUAUAUCAACCUUGUAACAGACUUUACUCAGCUGUUGGUCGAGUUAGAGCUUAUGGUGAACUGUUAUCACGACCGUCAGUUUUCGGUAACGUUCGUCGGGGCUGCCCACUCUCCCUAUUUUUGUCCUAUUUUAUCGUCGAUAUCCUCCUAGAAAAUUUCUUCAACUAACUUUUCGUCCUUCCGAGAAACUCGCUUAUCGAUUUACAAUACGCGGGUAAAAUAGUCCUAUUUUGUGUCGCUAAUCGUCUUGAGUAAUAUAGUCAACGUAUUUGGGAUGAACUUCUAUUCCUACCGAGUGUAUAAUUUACAGCCGUCAUCUCUGUUCUAUUUUGUGGCUUCGAAACAAGGUCCAUGAAAGUAGAAGACUUGUGGAUGCUCAAGGUUCCCUAUCAUGAGUAUCCUAAAAGCAUUUCUCGCGUUUUGUGGAAUGAUUGAGUGGUCAAUUUCGAAGUUAGGUAUGGGGUCCUUGACAAAGGUGAAAAGUUGGUCAAUAGAUUAGGGGAUUUUCAUCAAUUAAUGUGGUUAAGCAUAUGUUGCGUAUCCUUGACCACCGUCUACUUCAAUGAGCGGUACUUACUGACCCAAAAGUAGAUUGGAAGAAAGCUGCGAAAAAUCAAGUCAAGAUAUGCCAUUAGUUCAUAAAGUCAUUGACUGUUGGUUUGAUGCAAAGCUGUCUAGAUGAGGUGUACACAAUACUAGUGACCAGUGGUUGGAGACGUUAGGUGACAUGUUUCAGGAUCAGUCACGGUCUUAAAUUCCGGUAUUUCUUCAUCCAUACGUUCUCAUCCAGUCUUUUCAAACAGUAUGACCAAUUUUAUUUCUUACAAUCAUUGCUACUACAUUAUUUCCAUCCUUUGUAAUUUUUCUUUUUAUCUUCAUCUGGUCGUGCCGGUCAGAUAUGGCGAUUUGGGCCUAGGCUUAUAUGUACUAGGUUCUUUGUUGAUGAUAUUUUUCUGUUUAUCAAAUUUUUAUAGCAUCACAAGUCUUAGUUCAGAUUUGACCAUAACACAAGUCACACUUUUAUUUUCUGUCAGAUUUACUUGCGAUUCUUCAUCUAGACGUAUCCUUCAUUACUAAUCUAGAUUAGUUUAUUAGUUGAGAUUUGUUUUCAAUAAACUGGCAGUCCUGUAAAUACAAGCUGACUGUCUUUGAGGCCGAAAAGGAUCUCACAAAUCUUACUUCCGUUUAUUUGACGAGUUUUGAACAGCUCCUUGGUACCACGAGCUGCAUACGAUAAAGAUUACUAGUCGUUUAGGACAUGAACUUGGAUGUGGUUGUGGAGUUAUUAGCUUAUAGUUUAAGGAAAUUAGUAGAUCAAUUAUCUGUUCUAAGGACAUCCAAACAAUGCAUAUUACUUGACAUUCGAUGAUCUUUUCGUUUCUAGUACCAACUCUCUCAAACUAUGGUUAGAUCUGAGAAAUCAUGCGAAAUUCUAUCGGGAUAGUUCGUCUUUGUAUAGUAAAUUUUUAAUUACUGACUGACCAGUGUUCUUCAUUUUACAGACCGGUCGUCAAUCAACUACUUCUACUUUGUAAACCUCUUCCUAGUGUCAAAAGCACUUGGUAUGAAGACUUCGAAUACAACAUGUAAAAUACGUGUUUAGGCUACUAAAGCUUUGUAAGACGGGUUGCUUGAUAGUAAAGUAAUUUCCACUAAAAUCAAAUACAUUUUGAUAGAACUUAUCAUUCCUCAGAUAGCUAUGUUGUACACGGGAUCAUUUUGCACAUAGACCAAGUUUGCCAUUUCGGUCUGGGCACCCGGGCAGUAUCACAGCCCACUCACAAAUCAAGUGACUUGUGUGGCGCAUAUGUAUUUGGUGCCCCUUUGUAUCAAUAUUUGUGUUCAAAUAAAUAAAAUAAAUAAAUACCGCAUCAAUACCACUGGCACACACUGAUAUAAGUCUUUUUUAUUCUACUGUACAAUAAUUGACAUCGUUAAUGGUACACUAUCGUUCGACACUGACCACCAACUGAUCAAAUAAGAUUUAGGUGGCGUAUAUAUCGUGGGACCGCAAAGCAGUAUCAGUAAAUUCAAUAUGAAAAGUCUUCCAUCAGGUGGUAGAUCUCAUUGUUCCUCACUAUGUAAUUGAUUGGUCAAAAGGAAAUGACGAAGUUCUACGUUGUUACUGACUGACUGACUGAAAGGAAAUGACGAUGUUGUACAGUCUUGAGUGAUUUCACUGUUAAUAUGUAACAGUGAAACGGUAGUUCUAUGCUCUCACUCUACCUGAGUUGUUUUUGUAAAUAACUUUUAAAAUGUAAAUGGAAUUCGCAGGGAAAUAUUUCUACAGUAUACUCUUGCCUAACAAAUUAGAUUUAUCACUGAUGUCAAAAAUAUAACUGUUUUCGGCCUGAAAUAGGCGUGAUGAUGUUCAAACGUCUGGGAGCGGGCGAAUAUGUGGCUAAUGACUAUAAAAAACUGAACAACAUUCAACCUAGUCCUCUGCAGUUUGUCUCUUACGUUUUCCUUCAUUUGUGUGGGGAUGAAAGGCAACUUAACUGGUAACAGACUUGUAUACUGAUGGAGUAGCGGUGGCUUAUUGGUUAAGACGUUCGAAUUCCAGUCACUAAGUCCAAGGUUCGGGCCCAUAUCCACUUGCAUCAGUCUGGGUAGUCGAGUAUUAUAAUCAGUCCACGCUCUUAUUAUGUGACUCAUACCUAAGUACCUCGUGAAUAAUUUGAAGUUAACUAAAUGUUAACUGAUAAUUUUCACAUCUUUUAUGUUAGCUCUUGUAGUUAAUAAUAAUAACUUGGUUCCAAUGUUGUAAAAUAAUCGACAUGUCAUACCUUUUUAAAUAAUUCAGUCAAUUUUCUAACCAAAAUGUCGACCUCACCGCUAGAAAGAGUUGAGGAUAGGUAAUCUAAAUCAGAUUUAUUAUAUAGUCUUAGUUUCUUGAAUUCCCUUUAAAACGUCGCUUCGGUGGGAGGAUAAAUACCCACUGACCGUGACACAUGAUAAUUUGGUCAAAAUUUUAGAGGAAUGAAUAGAACAAACUGUCUUUUGAAAUACUUGAUUAAGUAUUCCAGGCGUUUUUAAAUAUUGCUAGUAGACGUGUCAUCAAUUCUCAUUGGAAUUUGGUUUUUUGAUGUUGGCGAUUCAGUUCAACGGAAAUAGGUCCUAACUGUUGUAGGGUGUAGCUAUUACUUUGGACGCGGAGAUACUUUCCAACUACCAGGUUUUCCACUCGUCAUGUAGGUUUUUGUGAAGUUUUUCACAUAAGAGAGUUGCCCAAACUUUGCAUUCGAAUCCUAAUGGAAUAAACUGACGAGCGUCAAAAAUUUGUAAUGGGUUUUUUUACAAAGUAAGUGAUUUCUUUCAAGACAUGCAGCUAAAGAUAUUUAUAUUUUACAAUUGCUUGAAAACCAGCGUUGAAUCUGGGUACGUCUAAUAUAAUGAGCUCUCAAUAGAAAAGGUAAAACUGAUUUCUAAUUGUGCCUGGGUCUCAGUCUUCUAAAGACUACAUAGUUCUCACCCGUUACUUUUUAUGUUGAUUGAACCUAAAUUAGUCGUAGAUAGGAGAAUGUUACCUAGGGAUCCAGUCGGUGAAUAUUGUUUCGGUCCUGGCACUUGGUGAAGUGUGAAAACUAGUAAGAUCCAAUCCCAGUCCCACAGAAUUCACGGGUGUAGGCGCCUAACACAUAGUUGUGAGCUUGAUAGUUGGGAAAAACUGUAAUAAUUCAUUUGAGCACGUCGAUAGAUAAACCAUACCUACCUCCUUCAUUGAUUCCAUUAUGGUACAAACGUUAGAAAUGGUAUGUUCAUAUAGCAUUAAGUUAUAACUUUAAAACUGAAACUAUUUAAGUUUUUUAUAAGACUAGUAUUUUGGUGGAUUGCAGUCACUUCUGUAAAGAACUAAGUGUAAAUAUAUAAUCACAGGUACGGUAGUCCUAAUAGCACCUAGGAACUAUAUAUACAUAAAAAACUAUCCCAAUAUUUUUUACAAGAUUUAAGUCUAGAAUACCUCUGGGUUGUAGCAUCUAUAUCUCCAACUGAAUAGUGAGACUGAAUUGUCAAUAAGGUUUUAAUUACUGUCUGGUCGUCAAGCGUUUUUCCAGUCACUCGUAAGAGCUACAUAUCCAUUUAUAAAUCAUAGUCCUAGUUAAAAGUUAAGAUUUUUCUACCGUUCGCUCACGGCAAUGGAGUAUUUCUGCCGGAAUCUGUAUUUGAAUAGCCAAAAAUAACAAUAUAGCCUUUUUAAGGAUAUCGGAUAUAACAGUUUUUCCUCUCCGAUCAUUGCUAUUUUUCUUCUAGAUAUUCAUUAUUUUAUUAUACUCUUUAGUUCAUUUUUUGAUACCCAGAGUGGAUUAAGUUUGUACUUUAAGUAAUAUUUAAGUUCAUGAAGUACUGAGACCUAAUAAAAAAAUACUUACCUUGAAGUAGAUAUUCUAUGGUAUUACAUUUGGUAGUAUACACUUCAAUGUAACUAUUACUAUCAUGUGUAAUAAUGUAGUGAGUGUCUCAGCUUUCUGCAAGCAGUUUGGUCAGUUUUCUCAGUGAAAAGACGGUAAUAUUUCGUGAGCAUUCUACUUUUAUGAUUAAUUAAAUCCUCUGAAACCAAUUUUCUAUAUCUCCAACUGAAAUAUUGAAUGUUAUUUAGCUUUUUUUGGCUACAUCGUUUAACACUUCAUAAUUGAUAACAGUUUUAGUUUUCUUUCAGAUAAUUUAAUAACGUUACUGUAGUUUCUGUUAUGCGAAAUGAACAAAUGAAUUUUAGGCAUAUUCCCCUAUGUGUCUGGGUCUCAAUUUGAUUAAACAAGGUGAAUACACUACGCUCUCUCUCUCUCCCUGGCACUUUUGAUUAGUCAUUUAUAUGCUUGUGAAUAUCAUUUUUAAACGAAAGACAGACAAUCAAUAUGUAUACGCAGUCUCAUACAGUGUGUUAGUAAUGUCAAUUAUCAUGUUAUUUUAGUCUGAACUAUGCUUACUAAGUAUGCAUAUUCAUUUUGAAGUGUAUUUAUGUGUUAAAUAAAGCAUUGGCAGAGUGGGGUUAGUAAACAUAAGCUUGCAACUAAUGUCCAUUUUUUUCUCUCCCUUUUGAUCCUUAAUACUACCAUAGAUUCCAUCCAAUUGGUUAUUAUUAUUAUCACCAUUAAUGUUCUUGUUAUGAUUAUAACAAUGAUGGUUAUGUUCAACAGUACCAUAGUUUUUUUCUCAUAUCAAUAACUUAUUUUGGUUGUCCAGAUUUUUUUCCCUUUUGGGAUUUAAGGGAGUGCUUACAUUCAUGAAUUUCCAUUUGUGGUUACUUUUGUGUUGAAUACACAUGUGUUUGCAUAUUAGGUGUCUAUGUGUCCUCGUAUGUUUGUAAAAUUGUGCACUUCUAUCACAUAUUUCGAAUGGGAAAUAUUACUAGUCGUGUUAACACUGGCAGUUUACUUUUUUAUCGUGUAUGUAUACAACUUUGUACUAUGUAUGUUGUGUGAAUAUGACCUAUGGUCUGCCUCCAUGUGUAGAUAAAUGCACAAAUUCUUAUUCUUUGACACAAAUGUAUUGUGUCAAUCCGAUUAAUAAUGAUAUGUUUGAAUCUCUUCUUACUUGCAUGGUCACACAGUUAACUGUAUAUACCUAUGUGAUUGAUUCAACGGUUCGAUUCCUGCUUAAUGAUUACGAUAACAGUAAUACCAGCGAAAUAACCACUGGUUUUAAUAAUCUCAGUGAUGUAUCGGAAUUAUAUUCAUCGACGCUUCGUAAAUGCCUGAUGUCCUACCUAAAAGUUUACAAAUUUUUCCUGGUUGAUAGGAUAGUUCAAUUUUCUUAAAUCUGUCAUGUACAAUAUUUUAAGGACUCAUCAUAUCACGUUUGCUCCUUAUUAUCUCCUUCAACAUUAUAUUUUAUGGAAAUUAUCUAUGAUACUGGUGGUUCUACUACCUAAGAAUGUUGUACGUUAUUUUAUGUCAUACAAAAUGCCAUAACCACUUUUCCUUUGUUUACAUUUGCAACCAUCACUACCAAUACGAUGUUCUUACUUAAGAACCCUUGAAUCUACAAAUAUGACAUCAUUCAAUUGUUUCAAAAUUCAUGAUACAAACAAUUUUAUCGCACAUACUACGAAAACAAAUAAUUCGGAAGGGAGCAUAUGCACUUCUGAAAAUGCAAAUAUUACUAAUAGUAAAUGUAAUCAAUCAGUAGCUUCUGGAAAUAAUACAGUCAUUUCAACAACAACUAACAGUUUACUAGAUUCUAGAGAUGUGAACCCCAAAAUCACACUAAGUUAUUCAUCUUAUUCACGUGGAAGUAAUAAUCUGCUACGGUGUAGACCACAUUUUCGUCACUCCAGUUUAUCAUCUUCUGCAUUUGGAACAUGUAUGCCAAGUAAUAAACGUGAUGGUCAUUGCAAUAGUAACAACAAUAAGGAAAAAAUCUCUACAACUCCAUCUACGGGUGUACAGUUCAGCCGUAACUGCUUUAGAUAUUAUCCUAAUCGAAUACGUAAACAAUUGGAGUCUGCUGUGACAAAAACUGAUCCAUUGUUGUGUUUAGUAACAUCUACUGAUUGUACUGUACAAUCAGGUCCUGAAAUCAUCUAUACUACCAGUAGUUCCAUGAACAAUGGCAGUGGUCUAGUUCGUAGUCAAUCAGAUUCUACAUGUUUAUCAUUAAAAGCGAUAAUAGGUAAUGAAAAUUAUAUUGAUGCUGAAGUAGAUCAAGAAAUUGGAGCACAGACUAAUAUUGUUGGUUGUAGUAACAAACAUGUAAAUUAUAUAUCAGAUGACUCGGCACAAAGUUCUAAUAUCUCGUCUUGGGAAAUGAACAACAGUGCUUCAUUAGAUGGGAGUAAUUCCAUUGAUAAGUAUAACUUAGAAAUUAGUAAUAAGUGUACAUCAUUGCUACCUUCGUUAUUAUUAUCUUUAUCGUCAUCAUUGUCAACGCAGAUGAAUUUCCGUAAGGUAAAUAUAACUGAAACUCAAGAGAAGUUGGGAAUAAAAACAGAAGAAGGAAGAGAUGACAGAAGUCAAGACGAUGAUAUGUUAGCUAGUUUUAUGCGAAAUUCAACUGUCGGGUCUAUACCAAACAGUGGAUUUACAUCGGAAUUAUCGAAUUGCUGUGGUGCCUCGAAUAAGUCAUCAACAUCAGCUGUUUCUCAUCAACAUCAAGGAACCAAACUAAAGUGUCGGACUACGCCUAAUAACCUAUCAACUCCAACAACUCCAAGUCGAAGUUAUCAGUUAAUAUGUCGUAAUGGAAUACAAAGUUACUCUUUAGUAACAGAAAAACCUACGGGACACUCUACUUCCCCUGAAAAUCUUGAUUUCGUUGAUCAAAAUUCGGAAACUUCCAUUUGUUUUCAUAAUACUCAAUCAUCUAUCUGUUGUUCAUCCAGCAACUGUAAUCCAGAUCAUAACACAUUGUGUAGCAAUGGACAAUUAACUUUUCCAGGUCACUUAUUUAACCAACAUCAAUUUGGUGCUAUAACACCUGAUUAUUUGACCAAAUCUUAUAAAAUUACAAAUCAUUCUGAUUUAGAAAUAUCUCAGUCUUCUGUUGACGCACACAUUCAACCAAUUCUUCAGUAUUAUGCUGGGCCUCAAAAUACUACUCCUGCUAAUUUAUAUUCCAUAAUUUCUACAUCUAAAGAGUGUUCUUCGCACCCUAUUCCAUUGGUUGAAAUUUCCACGUCAAAUGUUAUCAAUGCUUCUCACUCUAGUCAAUGUCGUCCUAUCUAUUCUAAUUCACUUGAUAUUCUUAACAACAGUAAUACUUAUCCUAAAACACUUGGAUUGCAUCCGGAACCUAUUAAUCUAUUUUCUCAAGUUAGUCAAUUAUCAACAGGUUCAACAACAACCACUACCACAACAACUUCGAAUAACACAACAGAAAAACCAACUGCACCAUUGCCAUCUCGUAAGCAAAGACCAUUAUCCCCUUUAUCAACUACUUCCAUCACUGGAGUUAUAAAUACGAAUACUAUUACCACUAUGCAGCAAAACCAUACAAAUAUAAGUUCAGUUGAUCAUCAUCAUCACCGACAACAACAGGCGUAUACUCCUAAAUUACUACAUAACAGUACUAUAGCAGCUGUUAAUACUAAUAUCCAGUCACGUACUCCAUCUAAAUCACAGGGUACAUUACACUAUCAACAAAUUAACCCGUAUCAAAAUGCACCUAAAUUAGUCAGUGGAUGGCCAUUAUCUUCAAGUGCUGGGAAUCGUCCUCUACUGACUAAUAAUAACACCAAACUUGAUUCUCAUCAAACAAUUGCUAAUUCAGAUCAGUUUAUUACUGGAACUAGCGGCGAUAGAAUUAUAAACUAUUAUAAUAACAAUAGUAACUACAUUCAUAACGCUGGUAUUUCUAGUACCACUAUUACUAACAAUAAUACGAAUAAUAACAUUGGCUUUAUGAAUAAUAACUCCGGUGACAUGAUGGUACAGAAUAGUCCACGUCGUAGUCCUCGCACUGUUAACACCAACUAUUCGGUAAAUUCGAACACUGUUGAAUCAACUUAUAACCCAAUUGAGUCCUGUACACCAAUAGGCGGCAGUUUACAAGCCUCUGUAUCUGUUCAUUGUUCUUCUAAUCUAUUGAAACCAAUGUCGACGUCGAUACCAUCUACCACGACUACCACUGCUGCUAUUUUCUCAGGAAAUGUAGACUCAACACUUAAAAAUAAAUCAUUUAUCCCUUCACGAAUAAGUAAUAGUAGUAGUGUUAGUAAUCAUCAAACUGUAACAAUAAGUCAGAAACAUGGUAGUAUUUCUUCUCAUCCACCUCCUCCACCCCUCCCACAACAACAAGAAAAAACAGCUGAUUUACUGAUUGAUGACCCGGCGAAUGAAAUGACCAUUAGUGAACUACGUUCAAUAGCUGAGCGUCAGCGUCAACAACUGGCUAGACAAGCUCAACAAUUACAAGCUAGAGAAGAACGUCGUGCAUGGCUUCGUUCGUUAAAUUCACAACGUUCAGUACAAAAUCGAUGUGUUGAAAAAGAAAAGGUCACUUCUAAACCAUCUGAUCUUAGUCAAGAACAAGAAAUCCGAUUGCACAAAUUACGUGGUUUUCGUGGCCAAACAGAACAAGUUCGUCUGAGCAAUGAAAAUCUAGUAAAAGAAAUCGAUCGAUUAGCAUCAUUGUUAUCUGGUAAAGAACAUGAUUUACAAGUUUGCCGACAAAGAGCAGAUGAAGCUGAACGUAUGUUAACUUUAAUUAGUCAAUGGCAUAAUGUGAUUGCAAGUGCACGUUGUCAAACAAUAAAUCAAGCUGGAAUGACAACAACAGUUGGAACUAAUCCAACACAUUUAUCAGAUGAAACUUCUUCUUCCUCUUCUCUUAGCCUACCUUUUAUGCAACCACCUUUUUUCUCUGAACUAGAUAAGAAAAGAUGGCAUGAUGGCCUUGUUGAAGCAGAUCGUUUGGACAGACAAUUUGCUUUAGUGUUUGGACGUAAACCUCCCAUACAAACAUGGUCUUCUAGUCAGAGUAAUCUACACUUUGUAAAUUCACUUGUAUCGGAAACAAAACUAGCACCUCACAUUCCGUGUUCACUUCCAUCGAUUACUGUUCCGUCUGCUUCUCCACCAUCUUAUUCAACAUAUCAUAACUACUCAAAAUCUAGGUUAAUUGAUCAAAGUCCAAAUGCUCAUGAUGAUCAUUCUCCUCCUCCUCCCUCUUCUUCUACUACCCUUCCACAUAUUCCCAUAUCCCAUUCAACUCCUGUUAUAUCAAGAACACCAGUAACAACAAUUGAUGGCGCGACAUCACCAAACAUUGCCUUCAGUUCAGUGCUUACACGAGAUAGUAGCCCACCUACAUCUAGUCGUCGGUCAUGUUUUCGCACAUUCAUGCAGUUACAUCCCGGUUAUGGUAUUUGGAGCCCGAAUACCACUAUAAACAGCAAUAAUAGUUGCAUUAGUAAUAAAGAUAGUAUACUAUCACCUGCUACAAUUCACCCACUGCCUAUUCCACGUAUUAAAGCUCCACCAAGAUAUGCAUCACGUGCUGUAAUUAAUGAUACAUAUAUGCGUCGUAUAUGUCGUGAUAGUGUUGAAAAAUACAAACGUACAGCUAGUGAAAUUUAUCUAGCUGGUGUGAACAAAUUAAAUGCGAAAUCGUCACCUCCGUCAAUUCAAUCACCAGCACCAACGAUACCGUCUUCUGAAUGGCUAAAUAAUUCAGUUACCUCUGAACAGCAUCAACAACAAACAUGUAACAUUAAUUCAAUGAAAACGAAUGAACAGAUCGUGAAGAAUGCCGAAUCAUUAGAACCAAUCUCCGGUUCUUCUGUAAUAUAUCAUCCUAGCAAAUCAUAUGAGCCAGAUGUAAUCACUAAUGAAAAUGGCGACAAAAUACCUGACCAAAAUGUUCACACUUCUGUCCAUCCAACCACUAGUUCACUUCCAUCGUCCCCAUCCAUUUCACCUUCAUCAUCCUCAUCUUCAUUGGAACUAAUUGGCAUAGAUAUACAUCCAGACGAUGAACACAAAUUAUCUUUAUUAUCCAGUGAGUUUGAUUCACCUGAAGAUGAACAGAAACAACAAAAUUCUGGUGAUGUAGAUAGUGGUCUAGGCGGUUCCGACCAUACUGUAAAGUCAGAACAUCAACAACCACAAAUUAAAAAAUCAACAUCUAUUUUGCAGAUGACAACAAUAAUGACUCCUGAAACUACAACAAUAAAUACAACUAAUGCUACCAUUCAUACUACAAUUAGUAUAACUUCUCCUUCAACUGUCACUACUGCUAUUGUUCAACGUGGUGAGGUGAACAAACAAGAAAUUUCCUCAGGAAUUAUGGUUUAUGUAGAUGAGGAACAUGGAGUAAAUGUUAGCACGAAUAAUAACUCUUGUGAGUUUUUUUUCCUGCAGAUCCCUAUACUCAUAAAUAAAUACUUUGAUCUAGGUAUUGCUGCCUUGUUGUUGUAAAUGAAGACCGUUUAUUGUAGUAUCCACUUUUUAAAUGACAAUGAACAAUUCGAAUUGUCUUGUUAGAUGAAGACUAUCGUUUGAAUGUCAUCAACAGAACUGGUACUGCUAAUAUUCGUUUUUUAUUAUAUACUUGUUACAAACUUAUGCCUGCAAUCAUUUUCACGCCGUUAUAGUGUGAUCAUAGAAUUUAAGUUAUUUAAAACUGUUAUUUACUUCAGUUAUCUAAUCAAUUUCAUAACAAUUAUUUAGUAUCUAUUUGUACUAAGUGGGACUUAGAUAAUUUGAAACUUCUCUUAGAAAAUGUCACGAAAGUGAAUAGUUUUAGCUUUGUAGAUCAAAUAUCUAACUAAGCCCUUUUUCUAUUGUAAUAGAACAGAGCUCAAUAAAUUAGUAUGCUUGCCUGAUAAUGACAAUUCCGAAUAUGCACUUCUUUCCAUUAAACCUCAGUAACACAGUCUUCAUAAAAUGGAAUACUACCACUUUUCUUUUUUUCAUUGUAUAAGUGACGGUUUGGUAAACUGUACAACCUAUUUACUACUUUAUCCUUAACUUUUUAGAACUAUAAUUGUAUCAUCCAUCUAGAGAUGCUAAAAUUUUAUCUUCCUUGUCGCGUAACCAUAUAAGUGAUAUUAAUUUCAUAUUCACAUUGAAAAAAUCAUCUAUUAGUAUGGGACUAUGAUGGAAACGUACUGAAAAAAAUCUCCAUGUCUCAAUUUGAUGAGUUAUUUUAGUAGAGACAUGAAGAAAAUGAUACCCUCAUAUUAAAUUGACUCGAAUUUAUAAUUUUAAAUUAAUUAUACUUUGUCAUCUGAUUAUCUCUAUUUUUUCUCUUCAAUACUAUCUAGAUAGAUGAAUUAUAGGUUGAUAGAUGUUGUAAACUAACUACACCAAAUAUAAAUGUGAAUAUGUUUUUAUUCCAGUGAUCGGUGGUAUGGUUCCAUAACCUUUAUUAAAAUGUAAUAUUUUAAGUUUAUAAAGCAAUGUAACUCAUAAACGACCUGUCCAAGACAACUGUAAAUGAAAUUGUAAAAAUCUGGUUUUCUGUUGAGUUUCUCAUUAGAAACCCCUGUCAUCGUAAUUGGCUUAAGUAUCUGGUUGUUACCUAGGCAAAUUCAACUAGGAGAGGGGGGCGGAGACAAGAUAUGAAAUGAGUUCAUGAAGUCAUUGAUUGAUUCGACUGAUCUGUACAGGCAGAUGCAGACUAUCUGGUUGGAGUCCACACGAUAAAAGGAAUCCGUGUUUAAAAAUAUUGUUUGACAUGACCCCAAGUAGGUCACAGUGGCACAGACAUUCACUACUCAUCUUCUGUUGUCUUGAGUUUCAGUAUUGUAUGAUACCUUUUGUUCAUAGCAUUUAUCCCUUUUUUGUAUUUUCCUUUCUUUCUCACUGUUAUUGAUACUACUACUGUUUACACUUGUUGAUCUUGUCUUAUAUUUUAUCUCAUCUACGUGAUGUGAUAUAGGGAAUUGGGCAGGCAGACGUCAAUAACAAUCUCUGUGUUGAUUAUGACUGAUACGAUAGUAACGUAUUAAAUACAGAGUUGUAAAAUCAGUCGGCUCCUCUACUUGUGUUAUUAUAAUCGAUUGGGACUAGAAUAAAGAAAUUUGAUAUGCUAACUGUUAGUAUGGAAUAUGAAUAUCUGUGCAUCUAUCAUUCAAACAAUUGUUUACAUUUGUAGACAGUUGUAUGAAACAUAUGUCGUCAUUUAAGUGGGUUUUUUUCAUCAUAUGUUUGAAUCAAUUUACAUUUAUGGUUAUAUAUAAUGUUAUCAACGUGAUACGAGGUAAUAUUCAUAAUAUAGCCGGGUUAUCAUUGAGUCUAAGCUUGUGAACUCAUAAGUUUACCAUGUUAAUAUUGUUGGAAUUUCUUUCGUCCAUUUUUUUAAAAAUAUCGAAUGAAUUAUUUUACUCAUCUGUUUUUUUAUAUUGUAUUUUAGGUAAUUACAUUGAAAGACAAGUUAAAUCUAUUUUACGUAAAUCAAAACCCUCCUCAUCACCACUGACUUCAAAACAAAGUUCUAGCUUAGAUGGUAUAACUGAAACAACUCAAUCAUUAACAUCUUCAUUAAGCCAAUCGAAUUCUGUACGAUUUCAUCCAUUAGCUUUAUUGCUCGAUGCUGCAUUGGAAGGUGAUUUGGAAUUAGUGAAAAAAGCAGCUUCUGAGGUUACUGAUGUUUCUGAAUCAAACGAUGAAGGUAUUACAGCAUUACAUAAUGCCGUAUGUGCUGGCCGUGUGGAUGUAGCUGAAUUUCUUGUACUUACAGCUGGUGCUGAUGUAAAUGCAGGUGAUACAGAUGGUUGGACACCACUUCAUUGUGCUGCAUCUUGCGGAAAUGUACCUUUAGCUAAAUUAUUAGUUGAACACGGGGCUUCAUUACACGCUCGUACUUUAUCGGAUCAGGAAACUCCUUUGGAAAAGUGUGAUCAAGGAGAUGAAGAAGCUGAAUGUGAAGAAUAUCUGUAUUUCCAACAUGAACGUCUUGGUUCUGCCGCAUCUGGUCGGGUUUAUGCGCUCUUCCCUCGUGGAAUAGAAGCAGCUGGACCAGGUUCCAUGGAUGCUCAUUUAGAACCAGAUGAAUUGCCACUUAAACCAAACGAACUCCUUACUAUAGUUAAUCGUGAGCCACCUGGUGAAAUAGAAUGGAUGUUAGCUGAAAAUUCUGAAGGUCAACGAGGUCUUGUACCCAGAUCGCAUAUAUCAUGUUAUCCUUUAGUGCGUAUACCACCAUCAAGUUUACCUAUUAUGGAGACGCCUAAAACGUUUUCAAUGAAAUCAACCAUUUGGAAUGAAUUCGACAAUGAUGAUGAUGACGAUGACGAUAGCGAUGGUGAUGCUAACACAAGUAAAUAUGAUCAUCAGCGUGAAGUGGAUUAUAAACUUUACGAUGAGAAUCAGCUAUUGCCUGAAAGAAUAUCAAAAAUGCAAUUUGUUUCUUCAUCUGAUAAUCUCGUCAGUGAUAAUAAUAACACUACUCUUAUUACAAAUGAUAGCAAUAAUAAUCGUCCUUAUACCCAAGCUACGAUUGAAAUUGAAGAUAUUACUUCAGUUAAAUCUUCAUCAACAUUACCAUUUUCAGAAGUUAAACAUUAUAUACCUCGUCCAUCAUCUGUUGAUUUCACUGGACUUAAAACAGAGGAUCGUCAGUCGUCAGACGAGGUAUGUUUUCUUGAUGUUUCCUAUAUAUAAACUACAAUUAGAUUCCUUUUAUCACGUAUUUUGAAUAUACUUUUUAUACAAUAACGAUAUUAAUAAUAAUAAUGCAAACAGACUUCUUGACAGUAUUUUCACAUAACCUAAUUUUGUUUUCCAUAAUUGGCCGUUCCAUUCUUGACUAUAGCUUCAUAAAUAUGACCUCAUAAAUAAUUUGCAAAUAUUUACUAACCAAGGUCUCGUGUAUCUAGAGCUUAAUAUACUACGUGUGCAUAACACGUUAAACGGCUGAACAUUUAAUUUUCAUAUUAUAAAGAUGCUGCAUAGUCCCAGAUGGGUGAUCUAAUUGUUCGUUGGUCGAAUCAGGUUCUGUUUACACUAACGCCUUAUAUGUUAAAUGAUUAUGACAAAAAUAUACAUUUUAUGGGAAUGAACCAUCUUCAGGUAUUGAAGCAAAUUUCUUUUUUUCUUUUGGAAUAACCUGACUUUGGAAUCUAUUGAUAUAACUCAAAAAAGAAUUGAGAUGAAACACAAAAAACUAAUCUUCUUCGAAUGUAAAGCUUUUCCUACUUAGAUAAAAAUAAUCAUUGGAUGAAGAAAAAGCUUUAGUCCAUCUAUCUGACCAUCAAUUACAACCUGUUGAUAAGGAUAAAUGGAGUGGAUAAGGGGUAGAAUUUUCACUGAAAGUUUUUUUUGGACUUUUCCCCUCGC